GCUGCUAGAAGAACUCUGUUUAUGUUUGAUUUAGAAAAUAGAAGAUAAAAACAUACAACAACAAAAACUCUGCGACAAGAAUUGAGUUGAAAGAACUAAAAUAGAUGUCAUUUCGCAGUUAACGUAACUGUCGGCAUUCAAAGCUCCUGGUGUACUGCAGACGGACGUUAAGGACGGCGUCUCGGUAGUUUAUUUCUAAGGAAUGCUGUUGGCGCAUACCUGUUGAGGCAUUUAGGUAAGCAUCCAUCCAUUCAUCCAUCCAUGGAGGGCUCCAGCGUUGGCCGACUCUCGUCAAACCGUUGGCCGCCCGUCGAGAGCCUUUCAGCCGAAGCGAAAACUCCUCUCCCGCCGGUCCAGGUGAAGAAACAAGCCGUGAAGCGACACCACCACAAACACAACUUGAAACACCGCUACGAGUUCCUGGAGACGCUCGGGAAAGGAACGUACGGGAAAGUAAAGAAAGCUAAGGAAAGAUCUGGAAGACUGGUUGCCAUUAAGUCCAUCAGAAAGGAGAAGAUCAAGGAUGAACAAGACCUGGUUCACAUUCGCAGAGAAAUUGAGAUCAUGUCGUCACUGUGUCACCCGCAUAUCAUCACUAUAUACGAAGUAUUUGAGAACAAGGACAAAAUUGUGAUCGUAAUGGAGUACGCCAGCCGGGGAGACUUGUACGACUAUAUCUGCGACAGAAGGCACGUCUCCGAGCAGGAGUCGAGGAACUUCUUCAGACAGAUUGUGUCUGCUGUGCACUACUGCCAUCAAAAUGGAAUAGUUCACCGGGAUCUGAAACUGGAGAAUAUUUUACUAGAUGGCAAUGGCAACGUCAAGAUUGCUGACUUUGGCCUGUCAAACCUCUAUAACAGAGACGAGUACCUUCAGACAUUCUGCGGUAGCCCAUUGUACGCAUCCCCAGAAAUCGUAAAUGGUCGGCCAUACCGUGGGCCGGAGGUGGACACGUGGUCUCUUGGGGUGCUGUUGUACACUAUGGUUCAUGGUACAAUGCCAUUUGAUGGCAACAACCACAAGGACCUUGUGCAGCAAAUCAGCACUGGAAAUUACCGCAAACCAAACAAACCCUCCGAUGCAUGUGGUCUCAUUCGUUGGAUGCUAAUGGUCAACCCUGAGCGCAGAGCUACAAUUGAGGAAAUAGCAGGACACUGGUGGCUUAACUGGGGUUACCAGAAACCCCUCCUCUCUGAGACAACAGCCAACCAAGUUGAGGGUGCAAAGUCGACGGCCUCUUCGUCAGCGCAGCACCCGGCCGGGCUGGCUAGCGUUGCUAGCUGGCUGAGACGUACAUCCAGGCCUUUGCUCGAGAAUGGCUCCAAGAUGCGCUGCCUGCUCCGCUCACAAGGCGUUAGUGGCAAUGAUGUAGUUCGACAGCGUUCUCUACGUAGGUCACAAAAGGAGAACAAUGUCUCCCAGCCCAGCCACGAAGGAAGUACAGACACCCGACCUUCUAAGGGGAUUUUAAAAAGAAGAAACAGUGUAAAACAAAAGGUCAUCAGUGAGACCACUACCACAUCACUGGAACAUCAAAACAUUUUGUCCAACCCAGCCAGCGCCCCUUCAGCGGAAAUGGUACCUCGCAAAGGUAUCCUCAAGAAGCCCACAGAGCAAGAAUCUGGCUAUUACUCCUCCUCCCCUGAGAACAGUGACUCUGGCUGGGUCCCGCAAUCCAAAGCGCCCACCUCAAUAUCAACCCACAGAAAAGGCAUACUCAAGCGAAAUGGAAAGUUCUCUGGUGCGCAGGAGUUCGGCUCCUUAGAUCAGCUAGCAGUUUCAUUACCCAACAGGGGCACAAGGGUUAGAUCGAGUGGUGCUAUCAGCGAGGAGAGCAUUCUGUCCUCAGAGUCCUUUGAUCAGCUGGAUCUUCCAGACUUUGCACGACUUCCUGCACAUCCAGAGAAAGCUGGACGGCCCACCAUGAGAGGAUGUGUGUCUGCUGACAAUCUGCUUGACAUCCAAGAAGAUGAUAUUCUUGGAGAUGGGCUGCACAGGAAGUGGAACUGCUAUGAGUCUGGAGUGGCUGACAGUGCCUUCUCCAUUACAGACUGCGAUAAUGUGACCGAGGCUUACAAGCAGGCCUUAAUUAUUCACAGUCCUGUUUCAAGUUAAACACCACUGAAGAUUCUGUAUGCAUGGCCAAAGCACAUUGUGACAAUACUGUCUAACAGCGCACUUAAGUCAUCAUCAGGGAUUUCACACACCAAAAAAGGGAAGAGGGAUACUCAACAGGCUUGGUCAGGUUAAAACAAUGAUUAUUGUAUAUAUGUAUGUCAGAGUCUUAGGUACUCAGCUUUGAAUACAUGAGAGCAUUGUCAAAGUCUCCCUAAAACCAAAACACCUUGAAUGUAAGUGUUGUAGGGCAUCAGUCAUUUGGAGGCUCUUGUGCCUUUUAUGACCUGAGGUUUUUUUUCCCAGCCGACAGUUAGAAAAUUAUUUAUGGUUUCAUGGCGCUUUUGUCAUUGAACAUUGUUGUCAAUGAGGUUCAACGGGAGAAAUGCUUCUCUUUACCUGCCUAUUUUACUGCAUUUUAUUAUAAUGAAAGUUACGUAGGUAACUAUGGUCCUAUGAAUCCCAAAUGACUGCCAGUUACAGCACCCCGUCUGGCGGUCAGCAGGGAUGAAAUAGAACUGCAAACUACUGUACAUUUCAUGAUGCCAAAGAGCACUCUUGUUAACACUACUGGAUGAAAUGCUCAGGACAGGGAUCUCAGUUUUUAAUUUCAAUCCAGGUUUCUGCAAGUUUGGACAAGACUUGAAUAACAACCUGACUCACUGAUGCACAAUAAGCGUAACCUGUUUAACCUGCUGUAACACCCAAAUCUACGCUGGUGCACAUGCACAAGUAGCAUAACAGAUGUUUUCUUGUAACAUUCCAGGAAAAACAGCAUUUGUUUGAAGUAAAUUGUGAGCUUUACUGGCUGAAUGUUAUAUCUGUUGUUAAACUCCUCAAGUAAUGAUGGUGUCUUUAGGUCUAUGGCUCAGGUGUUUCAUAUUAUUUGGAAAUAAUAUGGAUAUUUGCUAAAGGCAGGUAUAAGUAUUUCUAUCUUACAAAUGCUGUUUACAAAUACGGUGAACUGGCAUGUCCAUACUGCUUGAUGCUGUUGAAAUGCUAAAUAUUUGGGAGGUUUGGUUUGUUUCGUCCUGUAACAUCAGCGGUGUUUUAUGUCUAAUUUGACAUUUGAAUUCCUGACAUUACUCAAAAUAGUACAUUAAAAAGUGACAAGUUUUAACAUGACAUCUGAUAAAUUGGGAACUAUUACUUUAUUGUCAUUUCAAAAGAAGACGUCCAGUAACGUAAACCUCUCUUGAAACUGGAAUGUUGAUAUGGCAAUGUUUGUGUUUCAGUUUUUCCUUGACAAACUGAAGCUUAUCAGGAAUGUAAAGCAGAUGUGUGAAUGUUUGUAUAUGCAAAGUUGAAAUUGUCAAAACGUCAGUUUGUUCUUGUCAUUUCAAGAAAUGAAGGAGCAGGGUUCAUGAAAGCAAAAGUGUUCAUAAUUUUUGUACCAUGUGCAUUUAAGUAUUAAAUCAACUUUUGUUGCAAAUUUCAUUUUUUUUCAACAUGUGCCAAAGUUGUCAACUUUGUUGACACUUCUGUGACUGGGAUAAGGGCAUCAAUAAAAAAAAGUGCUUCCUCAUCUU